UGGUUUUAAUGUUUGUCAUGUGAUUCAUUGGCUGCCUUAUAAAUGACCUGGUGUCUGCUCUCUUCUUCAUCUGCUGUAUGAACAUCUUUCAUGGUUGAGCUGCCAUGGCUACUGUAAAGACCUUAAUUUCUAUUCUUUACCUGCUUCUGUACAGCAGUUUAUGCAAAGCUGACAUUAGUCCAGACGAAGUCAGUCGGGUGGAGAGUGGUGUGACAUUGUCUCAAGAGUUUCUCAAAGGUCUUGAUGAAGUUGGUAAAGGGCUUUCUAAAUCAAAGACGGCGACAGAUGCAAUUCCAAAACUCCUCAAAGUCUUUGAUGCUUUUGGCAAAAUUGCAGCAAGCUUUGGUUUUAUUGGAGCAUUGAUUAGCUUUAUAUUUGCAUUCAUUCCACAAGAAGACCCCAUGCUUAAUUUCUUAAAGGAACAAUUUGCUGAAGUCAACCGCAAACUUGAUUCAAUCUCCAUUCAAAUUUCUACCCUUCAAACAGAAAUGGAAUGGACAGACUAUGCAAGCACCUAUAGUAAAGAUGAGAAUGCGAUCAGAAACUCCUGGGCCAAGCUUAAAGAAUUUAUAGAGAAUGCUCCUCUAGCCUCCACACAGGAGCAGAAGACCAGGCUGGCUGAGAGGUUCACUAACUUUUAUGAAAACACUGCCACAGAGAGCAGCAUUGCAAAUUUAUACACUUACAUCACCGAAAACAAUCCUGUCAGCCUAAAUAAGAAUCUGUUGAAGCUAGUCAUUGAGAAAUCAAAUGGUGAUUUUAAUGCCCUGGUGCAAUACUCCACCUACUACACCAGUCUGAUGGUUUCAGGACUAAAGUUAAAUGUAUUUUACUACAUAUUGAAAGGCUAUGAUGCUGAAUCAAAGGCAGAUGAAGCUGCAGCACAGCUGUCUGACACCUUAGCAGCCAUAAAGGAUGCCCUGAUUGAGUGUGUUGAUGACUUUGAGAAAUGGGUCCAAAUGGAUGUUGUAAAAUUUACGACUGAAAGAUUAUCUAAUACUAAAAAGCUAGCCUCAGAUAUUCAAGAUCAUUUGGAGCGCAAGUUCCACUGGUACAAAUGGAUAGUGAUCACCCACUCGAAGGAUGCUGAAAAUGAGUUUACCUUUGGAAAGUCAAUUUCCGUCCCUGUACAAGAGAAGACAGUAGUUCAUGUAAUUCAUCAAGUGAAAGGCUCUUCUGUCGAACAAAGAAUUAUGGAUGAGGUUAAAAAGAGUAUACAAAUUGAAUUAUCAAAAUUGCCACCCUAUGAGUGUGUCAAUAUGAAAGAAGAGUUGCUUCAUAGGUUUGGUUCCAAAGUAAUUAACUACAUAAACUUUCUUCAUGUUGUUACAAAGCCAUCAGAUUAUGAGCAGACAGUUAAUUCAGACAUAAUGCUGAGAUGUCCACUUUUCCUUAAUAGAGACUAUAAUAUCUUCCUGAAGCGUAAGGAUACUGUGGGGACACCUACAUGCUCAAACGAUACAUGUAUUAAUGGAGAAUGUAAAACUAUCAAGGACACUACACAGGGAUUCUGCAAGUGCAAUAAGAUGUUCCACGGUCCAGCCUGUGAUGAAAACAUCCAAAAUAUUAUUGACUAUGCAGCAAUCGAAAGUGUAAUCAAUGGUGUCAUCUAUCAACCAGUCCCUGAUCUGACAGCAAUUUAUUUUAGUGUCAAUGAAUUAAAGGCCUAUACUAAAGAAAUAAUUGAGUCUGUCCUAAAUGAUAUACACUGGACACAAGUUUUUGUAAAAUACAGCAGUACAAUUCAAAAGUUUCGAUACAUCAACUCACUUCAUUCUCGACUUCAGAACCGUACGAUUAAUCAAAGACACUACAUAUAUGAAAUUGGAGCACAGUUCGCAGCAGGAGGACACACAUUUAUGUUUUAUCUCACAGACUUUAAUCACAUGAUGAUGGGCACGGGAUUUGGAGAUAAUCGCAACAUUUUGGAUAUUUUUCGCAAAUCCCUGAACCAGGAGUCUAGUGAUCCAAUAGGCUGCACAAAAGACUACACAGAAAAGCUCGAUUAUUUUGUGCGAUUUAUGUUUGCCCUUGAAAAGGAGGCAGUUUUGGCUUGGUCAAAAUAUUUACUAAUCACUGGCAAGUCGGAGAACAUUGGUUUUGCGGAGAAGACUUUCCAGGAGGGUGUCUCAGACCAGUGGAGACUCUACAACAAAAAUGGAUGCGGCCACCUGCAGGCUGCGAAUCUUCAGAACAGCUACUGUGAGAAGCCGUAUCACAGCACACAUCAGCAGCAGGUGAAACUCAGGUGUCAUGGACAAUACAAGCCUUUUCCAGAGACUGUGCUUUGCUCUUUGGGGCAGUGGAGUGCCCUGCCUGUGUGCUAUGCUGAGCCGGUGAAAGGACGAGUUGUUUGCAACACUGAAAAUGGAGCCACCGUUUGCAAAACUUCCUGCUUGCCUGGCUGGGGAUUCUCCCCUUCAUCUCUUUCUUCUAACUACAGGUGCUCAAAGCUUCCCUGUCCUUCUUUCACCCCACCCCCCUGUGACCACUGCACAUCGAACAGUGUUUGUAAGGACCAUGAGGUUACGUGA